GCACUAGCGACCUUAGACUAAGCAACAGCUAACAACUCGUCCGACCGAGGCUCUGCUGUGCUAGUACGGGCGCAUAGGCGUAUCACGGCCUAAAACUAGCCUAACGCGUCAUUAAUCGCGAGUAGUUCGGUUAAGUACUGCCAUACCGAGCCUUACUGCCAGACGUAGAUAAAGAGAGAUUAAUAAUCUCAUACGAUUAUCUCAUAUUUCUUCCUCGCUUUCUACCUCUUGUCUCCUACCAGUAAUGUCGACCUUUGGAACCCUUUUCCGCGUCACUACCUACGGUGAGAGCCAUUGUGCCUCCGUAGGUGCAAUCAUCGAUGGCUGUCCUCCGGGACUAGAGCUGUCUGCACAAGAUAUUCAGGUGCAGCUGAGUCGCAGAAGACCAGGACAGAGUAAUCUUACCACUCCUAGAGAUGAGAAGGACCUUGUGCAUGUGCAAUCUGGCAUCGAGCACGGUGUCACCCUUGGAACGCCCAUCGGUCUCCUCGUAAAGAACGAGGAUCAACGCCCGAAGGAUUAUUCUGAGACCGAUUUGUACCCUCGCCCCAGUCAUGCGGACUACACCUACCUCGAAAAGUAUGGUGUGAAGGCUAGCAGUGGAGGUGGACGUAGCAGUGCACGUGAAACUAUUGGUCGUGUUGCAGCGGGUGCCAUUGCCGAGAGAUACCUCAAACAGGUGUAUGGCAUUGAAAUCGUCGCGUUCGUCUCUUCAGUUGGCAAGAUCCACCUACCUUCCAACGUGGCUCCGCCAUCGCUUGCGCCAGUGGAUGGAGAUGAAGACAACGAUGACGCGGCAGACGCGUUGUCACCCGAGUUUAGACAAUUACUAGCCACGAUUACUCGAGAAGAGGUUGACAAGCACAUCACACGUUGUCCUCAUCCAGAAACUGCAGAACGGAUGACGAAGCGCAUCAUCCGUGCCAAAGAGGCUUCGGACUCUAUCGGUGGAACGGUAACGUGCGUCAUUCGCAAUGUCCCGUCAGGUCUCGGAGAGCCAGUCUUCGACAAGUUCGAAGCGAAACUUGCACAAGCUAUGAUGUCAAUUCCUGCCACGAAAGCUUUCGAGGUUGGUUCAGGCUUCAGAGGAACUGAGGUUCCCGGAAGCAAGCAUAAUGACGCUUUUAUCGUGAAAAACGGUAAACUCGGUACUACAACUAACUGGAGUGGUGGUAUCCAGGGAGGCAUCACCAACGGCGAAGACAUCUACUUCAGGAUUGGAUUCAAGUCACCUGCGACCAUAUCGCAAGAACAACGCACGGCACAGUAUGAUGGUACACCAGGAACACUCGCUGCUCGCGGGCGUCACGACCCUUGUGUUGUCCCGCGUGCUGUUCCCAUCGUUGAGACCAUGGCAGCCAUUGUCAUCAUGGACCAGUUGCUCAUUCAAAGCGCGCGCGGGGCUGCUGCUAAGAUGCUCCCUCCCAUCACAACGCUCCCACCCACCAUGGUGAUGCCAUCGCAAUGAUAAUAAUAGAACAAGGAUCUCGAUAGCGGAUAUAGACCAAUAUCUUUCAACAAGCAUAUAUUGGAUAUAAUGUGAUGCUAGUAUACAAGGUAGUCUGUAGAUGGACCGAAAGUAGCACUAAAGCAAAGGGUAUGCCAACAUAUUGACAUGCUUGAGUGAGAACAAGAGAUUUCGCGCGGAGUUUUGAUGUCAAUCCUCGACGUCAGUGCAAUCAACACAGAGACAGCAAACAAGUGGCUCAAGUUGCCACCACCACCACUAAAAGAACAUGAGCAAUCCACGCUGCGUAGGUAACUUGGCUCCUCACGUGGCGGUUCAAUAGUCUCCCUGGCCACUUGCCGAAGGUUUCAUCUAUCACACGUUCUCGCCGCUCACGCUCCCUCUCCACGUCUUCAU